CACGAAAAGGGCACUCCACGUUACUUUUAACCACCAUCAUAAAUAUUAUACACAUACAAAUUCCAAGUUAACAAUGCCGGCUAUCAGAACCACCACUGGAAACAAAAUUACAACUAUCCGAGUCUCUACCUUCAAGACGCGCAAAUCAGUCAUUGAAGCUUUUACUGUAAGCGAUGAACCUCAAGACCUCGCAGUUUGCAAUAUAAAAUAUCCGCUCACCGCUUCAGAGCGAGCCUCGUAUAAAACAGCAGCUGGAAAGCAUGUAACACCUCAUCGGUGGGAAGUAUAUGACUAUGUCAGGACAAUCCCUGUGGGACGCGUGACUACGUACAAGGAUAUCUGUCUUGCCCUUGGAGAGGGGUCUCCUCGCACUAUUGGAUCUGCAUUGCGCAACAAUCCGUUUGCACCAUUUGUACCAUGUCAUCGCAUCGUCGCGUCCAAUCUGUAUAUCGGCGGUUUCUACGGCGAGUGGGGUGUUGACGCUAAAAGUAAAGACGGCAAGACGACUGGGUUACAGUGCAACCGAAAGAUGGAAAUGCUAGCCAAAGAAGGAGUGAAGUUUACAAGAGACGGGUAUCUAUAUAACGAAAGUUAUAUUUGGAGAGGGUAAUUAACCCCUGGCAGCAGACCUCUUUCACUUCUGCUAAUCCGCGGACCUUUGGAUGAUGCAUGUAUUUUUAUUUUGGUACUGUUACAGUAGUUCGAUACAAUAUGUUCCGCUUCACUUCUUGUCAGGUUAUGAUGACUGGUGCAAGUGUAAAGAAACCACGAAUAGGGUCAGUGAAUCUACCAGUCAGCAAAUCCGGCUAGCUUUCCAUCCCAAGUCCACCAAAUAUACUCGUCUUCCUCUGCAAUAGUUUCGUCGUUGUCUUCUGUCGGGUCCUCUACACCAACUCCCCGAGAUUUGAUCCACACGCCCUCAACUUUGAUUCCU